AUGAACGAUAUUUCAAAUUUAGAUAUUGAGUUCAAAAGAUAUUUGCAGAUAAUGAGACCCUAUCUGGGACUCUUACAGGACCAGGACACGAUCGACAUCUGUAACGCUUGGAUUAAGCGUUUGUCGCAAUGUAAGAAGAAAGAGAAGUAUUUGCGUAAUAAGUAUAUCUUCUCCCUCUGUUUCCAAUUGGCACAAGGGGUUUUUGAAGAACCAUUCAAUAGAUUUCCCACCACUGACAGUCUAUCACCACUAAAUGAUGACGUCAAUAGUGAUGCUUCUUCGGAAGUAGAAUAUGUCGUGAUCAACGGCGAUGAUGGAAGCACCAAAAUAACAUACGAUAGCGAACCUCAUUCGGAAUCUGAAUGUUUUUCACAAAACCUGGACUCCGAAGACAACAAAAGCAACAGUGCUCAAAAUAACGCAAUUAAUCAACAAAUAAAUCAAAAGCGGAUUAUGAAUGUACCCAAGCAAACAUUAGUUUACACGUGUUCUGAUAUUAUAAGAAAUAAGCCGAAAGUCAAUGUUAUUGAUGAUGAUUAUAAAAACAGAACAAAUAAUUUGAUAAUGAAGUUGAGAGAAAUAAAAUUAGAAAAUGAGAGGCUACAUUUCGAAUUACAACAAUUAAAAGAAAUAACAAAUCGUAAUACAAAAUGUGAAAGUUGCGGGUCCGAUAGAAUUACUGUUGCUGUUGAUAAGACAACAAGUGCAUGUUGUCAAAUUAAUCCUAGUCCUUCAACAAUAUUUACUUUACAAUCACAGUUAGAAGAAGUUCAAAGUUCUAGGAACGUUUUGAUAGAAACUAUAAAACAUUUGCAAGAGAAAAUUCAUAAUUUGAAUGAAACACGAAAACACGAGAUUGAUGAAAUAAAAGCUGCUCAUGAUUUCCAUAUCAUCGAAUGUAAAUCAGAAUUGAAAAAGGAGCUGUCUGAACUGUACGAGAAAAAGUUGCAAGAGGAGAUACGCAAUUUUGAGAAAAAAUUAAAAGAACUUGAGGAUAUUAUUGAUUUGAAUAAAUGUAAAUUCGAAGAUGAAAAAAACAAGAUGACAACUGAAAAGGUGAAAAUAAUCAACAACAAAGAUUUUGAAAUUGAACAGUUAAAAAAAGAAUUGGAGGAGCAGAAAACUAACAUACAUUCUAUUUUGAAUAAAUUACCUGAACCUAAAGAGUCAAUCGAUAACAAUACUGAAAUUUUAAAGUCAAAAGUGGAUCAGUUAGAGAAACGCUUGUUCAAAACGGAGAAAUCUAAAUCGAAAUGCAUCAGAGUGUACGAGGCUAAAUUGGCCAAUUUGCAAAGAGAGAAACAUUUGACGGAGUGUUCGCUUCAACUCCAAUUGGUCAGGCAGAGGGCUCAGGUGAUUAGCGAUGUGUCGGACGAGAGCCAGGCCGAAUUGGCAACAACACUAGACAAAUUAGAGACUAAGUACAAAGAGAUAGUGGCCAAUGUCCAAUCAACAGCGAUACAAAGAAGGGUGCAGGAUCAAAUGGCUCUCGACUCAAUUGUGCAGGCGACAAUUAAGACUGAAAAUAUUCUAUCUCACAGGGUUACGAACCGCAGCCAAUUGUCGGGGAGAACUAUGCAAAAUCAAAGCCGGGACGAGAAUGGUUUUGAUAGUGAGAUUUCAUCUUUAUUACGUGGCAAUAAGGUUGGUAAUGUGAUGGUGGGUAACAAGUCAUUUGGUGAGGAUAGUGUGGGGGGCUAUUGCCUCGACGGAGAAAGAAUGGGUCAACUAUUUGAGAGGGUGUACAUUCCUCAGAGGGACACAGGCGAUGGCCAUUUGAAGAAGUAG